GUGUCAUCACCAGUGGAAAAUACACAUGUUUUCUCAGCUCCAAUGACAACUUCGUUACGCACGGAAAUCUUAAAACAUAAUAUUAAUAUGGCCAGGGCCAAUUGUGAUGAAUCACUCAUUGAUAAAGAGAUUAAAAAUAUAAAAAACCACGUGUUAAUUUGUGAUAACAGUAACGAAUUUCCUCUUAAUUUAGAUAUCUUUAUAAUGGUGCUUCGUGAGAACAAUUCAAAGUGUCAUAAUAUGCCAGUGGUUAUCCUUUCAUAUAGUCAACCAUCGGAAUCGCAGAAGCAGGCAUUAAAAAAAUUUAAGGAUGUAUAUUUUGUUCAUGGGUCACCUUUGAGACGGAACGAUCUUUUCCGAGCUAGAGCUCAUGUUGCGAAAAAAUGUAUGAUAUUGAGUAGUGUGACAAGUCAUUAUGGGACAAACGAUGGAACGGCAGAUGCCACUUCACUUAUGACGGCAUUGAAUAUUGAGGCACUUGCACUAGAUGACUGCUUUAUAUUGGUUGAGUGUGUACACCGAGAAACAUUUAAAAUGAUAGGAGAAAGUGAUUCGAUUAAGAAUAAUCAAGAAGAUUAUA